AUGCGGGAGUCAUGCAAUCCACGGCACAAACUUGGAGGAUUUGAUCCGCUUGAGACGGAUGGAAAAUUGAUUUUGCCCUUCUUGAGCUCGCCUGCGGUACUCCAUUUGUGCCGCAGUACGCUUCACUACGUCUUGCGUACGCUUGGUACAUGGCUUGUUACCUUUGUGUUUCACGUGCCGUUGCAAGGUGUGCGCCUCAGCACCUUUUUCGCACGACUGGCUCUAUACAUUAUAUUCUUGUGGCCGGCCAUGUUGUGCGGACUUAUUUACUGGGCUUUUGCAGGCAAAGACAUUUUCAGUGUCAGCUACAAGGACAAAGGCAGCUUUCGUCACACUGUCGACAUCUACUUGCCAAGCUCUACGGCAAAAGCUCGCCUUGGAGAGACUGCUAAAACUCCGGUUCUUAUCUUGGUGGCUGGUGGUGCUUUCAUCCUUGGCCACAAGGGCUAUGUUACUAUGCUAUGCCGAGCUUUGCGAAGGGCAGGAAUACUUUGUAUUGCAGUUGACUACCGGUAUUGGCCGCAGACAAACAUUGAUGGUAUGGUGGAUGAUGUUGAGCAUGCAAUUAGCUGGUCCUUCAAGAACUGCUCACAGUAUGGUGGUGAUCCCAAGCGCAUUGCGCUGCUGGGACUUUCGUCUGGAGCACAUGUGGCUGGAUUGCUGUUGACACGUCGGGCAGCUGUUCGUCCAGGAUCCAAGACAUCCUGGUCAACUUCAGACUUGGUGGGUUUCAUUGGCUUGGGCGGCAUUUAUGAGUUGCACAGUCGCUUCAUGGCACAUUUGCACAAUAAAGGAAUUGACUUCUUUUUGCAGCGCCUCGUGCUUGGAGACACACAAUCCCUGAGAGAGUCCCGCUCUCCAAGCAUCCUGCUUCGCAGAGAUGGUUCCAGGCUUGGAAAGCAUUUGCCACCGGUUCUACUCGUUCAUGGCACUGGUGACAAGAUCGUCCCCACAGAACAAUCAGAGGUCUUUUGCAACGAGCUCACCAAAUCAGGUGUACGUGCAAGGCUUCUUUUUCACAAAGGGCAGGGUCACAACGAUCCGGUGAUACACAGCCCGCUAAUGAGCAACCACGAAACUGUUCAAGCCAUCAUUCUCUCAAUCCAUGAGUGGACUUCGAAGUCUUCAGGGAACAAAGUGUCGGAGGCACUCUUGAAGUCUUCUGUGCCAGAUACCUGCAAAGCUUGCCUUGCAGAUUUGCCGACAUGGCCUAGAACUCCAGAGGCUGUAAUCCACAUUGCUCGGUUGCUGACGCCAUUCUAG